UUUUCACUCAGAAGGAGGCAGUUGGGUCAGAUCAGUUGGGUUGGUUGGUUCGACCCAAAUGGCUCUGUUUUCUCAUUUCUCACUCUCUCUCUUUUCACUCUCUCUCCUCUCACUCUCUCUCACCAUUGCAAUACCAGUCCACAAACACCACCAUCCCCACAUAGCUUCCCACAACUACAGAGAUGCCCUCUCCAAAUCAAUCCUCUUCUUUGAAGGGCAGAGGUCUGGGAAGCUCCCUUCUAGCCAGAGGCUUCGAUGGAGAAGAGACUCUGGUCUUUCAGACGGUUCUGCCAUGCAUGUGGAUUUGGUUGGAGGGUAUUAUGAUGCUGGAGACAAUGUGAAGUUUGGUUUUCCAAUGGCUUUUACUACCACCAUGCUUUCAUGGAGUGUGAUUGAGUUUGGUGGGUUGAUGAAAGGGGAGUUGGGGAAUGCAAGGGAAGCUAUUCGUUGGGGUACUGAUUAUCUUCUCAAAGCUACUGCUCAUCCAAACACCAUAUAUGUGCAGGUGGGUGAUGCUAACAAGGAUCAUGCGUGUUGGGAGAGGCCAGAAGACAUGGACACUCCAAGAACUGUCUACAAGAUAGACAGCAAUAGCCCUGGUUCUGAUGUAGCUGCUGAAACUGCUGCAGCCCUUGCAGCUGCUUCCUUGGUCUUCAGAAGAUCUGAUCCUUCCUACUCCAAACUUCUUCUCAAUAGAGCUAUCAGGGUCUUUGGUUUUGCUGAUAAGUACAGAGGUUCUUACAGCAAUGGGUUGAAGCCAUAUGUCUGUCCUUUUUACUGCUCUUAUUCUGGCUAUCAGGAUGAGCUGUUGUGGGGAGCUGCUUGGCUCCACAAAGCCACAAAAAACCCAGCUUAUCUUAACUACAUUCAGGUGAAUGGUCAGACACUUGGAGCUGAUGAAACUGACAAUACCUUUGGUUGGGAUAACAAACAUGUUGGGGCAAGAAUCUUAAUUUCCAAGGCGUUUUUAGUUCAAAAUGUGAAAUCCCUCCAUGAUUACAAGGGGCAUGCAGAUAAUUUCAUAUGCUCUCUUAUACCAGGAGCCUCUUUCUCUCAAGCCCAAUACACCCCAGGAGGUCUUCUUUUCAAGAUGAGUGACAGCAAUAUGCAGUAUGUGACCUCCACCUCCUUCCUCCUGCUAACCUACGCCAAGUACUUAACCUCCGCAUCCAAGGUCGUCACCUGCGCUGGUGCAACCAUCACCCCAAAGAGGCUCCGAAUCAUUGCCAAAAGACAGGUGGACUACUUGCUGGGAGACAACCCAAUGAGAAUGUCAUACAUGGUGGGGUACGGAGGGAGAUACCCACAAAGGAUCCACCACAGGGGCUCAUCACUACCGUCCAUCGCCACUCAUCCAGCCAAGAUCCAAUGCUCAUCAGGCUUCACAGCCAUGAAAUCCGAAUCCCCCAACCCAAACAUCCUCGUCGGGGCAGUCGUUGGUGGGCCAGAUGCACAUGACCGGUUCCCUGAUGAGCGGUCCGACUACGAGCAAUCCGAGCCGGCCACGUACAUCAACGCACCGUUAGUGGGCUCACUGACCUAUCUUGCACACUCCUUUGGUCAGCUCUAAAGUCAUCAUCAGAUCCGUUGAUUAUGUAAUUGGGCCCAAGGUCCAAGGCCCAUCCUUGCCGUCUAAUCCGAUCUGGGCAUGGACAGGGAAAAUGAAGUAUUUUAGGAUAGUAUUGGGAUAUGAAUUUUUAUAGUACAAUGUCUCUCUUGCAAGUCGCGAGUAGAGUAGCGUGCCUCAAACGGCAUUUGUGUAGGUGAGGGUUUAUAUAGUACAUUUGGGUGUAUACAAGAGGGUGGGUAUCACUCUUUUGUAUUUUGGUAUUGGGACUUGUAAUUUGUUUGCUAUUAUGUAUCUUUUAAUUAGUGGAGAUAGGUUUUGUUAUUGA